UGCAUACCAACCACUCCAAGGCAGUUCCUAUUUUGCAUUACCAAAAAUAUGGGCCAAGCCUCAAUUAGGAAUAAUUAACCUUCAAAAUACAGACGAAAGAUGUUUCGAAGCAUGUAUGAAAGCUUAUUUAGCAAGUGAAGAGGCCUGUAGACAGGGUCGAAGAGCAAGAAAUCUUCAUAAUGUUAGUAGGCUACAACGCUUUAAUAAUAUACUAGACUUCUCUGGUAUAAAUUUUCCAUCCACAUUACGUGAUAUCGAUAUAUUUGAAGAAAAUAAUCCAAAUUACGCAGUAAAUGUGUUCUAUCCUGCGCCAGAAAAAAAUGAUAAAGAGCAAACAACUAGAAAGUUGGACUCACUCCGUUUAUCAGAGUAUAAUUAUCAAAGAAAGUAUAUGGUGGAUUUAAUUUUAUUUACUGAAGGAGAGGAAGAUUUGAGGGAUCGCCGUAAUAUUAGUGAAAUCCCUCCAGGAUUAAAUACUCAUUACUGUCUCAUUAAUAGUGAAAAUGGAUGGAAUAAGAUCAUGCGAAAUUGGAAUAAACAUCAUGGGUAUAAAUAUUUCUGCCGUCACUGUAUGAUUGCCCCAUUUUCAAGAAAGGAUCUGCUUGAAGAACAUAUAAAGUACAACUGCCAUGGUCAAAAUAAUCCUAAUGCUGGGCAAAGAGAAAUCUUCCCGGAAAAAGAUAAGCACAUUAUGAAAUUCGAAAAUUAUAAGGCAAUGGAAAACGUACCAUUUUAUUUUGUUAAAGAUCUCGAAGCAAAUAGUGAUCCAAUGGGAAGCUUGCAAAAGAAAUUGUUAGGCGACUUGGAAGAAAUUAUCAAGCCAAAGUUGCGCAAUCCAGAAAAAAUAAAAAUAACAGAACGUGAUUGGCAAACACAUAACUCUGCCAGAAAAUGUUAUAUAUAUGAAGGUCCUCUAUAUGAAACCCGAUAUAAUAAAGUAAAAUAUUUCGAUACUUCCAGAAAAUUCAUAGGUGCAUCACAUUAUGGCUGU